AUGAACUUUAAAUUGCGGAGGAAACAUGAAGAAGAUCAUGAGGCACCACAUACCCCCAAGAGCGUGGGGCUGGUCAUUGGUGUAACGGGCAUAGUAGGCAACAGCCUAGCUCGAAUCCUCCCACAAUCAGACACACCCGGCGGUCCAUGGAAGGUCUACGGAGUCGCACGCCGUCCUCGCCCGCAUUGGAACAGCGACUACCCCAUGGAGUACAUCCAAUGCGACAUCUCGGACCCAAACGACACCGUAUCCAAGCUCUCCGGAUUAACUGACGUCACCCACAUAUUUUAUGUCACUUGGGCCAGCCGAUCCACGGAGCCCCAAAACUGCGAGGCAAACGCCGCCAUGAUCCGCAACGUGCUACGUGUCGUCAUCACGAACGCGCCAAACCUCUGCCACGUGUGUUUGCAGACAGGGACCAAACACUACUUCGGACUCUACGAGUCGUUCGGCAAACUGGAGCCCCAGGAGCCGCCUUGUUUGGAGGAUCUGCCCCCACUGAACUCCCCGAACUUCUACUACGUCCUGGAUGACGUGUUGUUUGAAGAGGUGGGGAAGAAAGAGGAGUUGAAUAUUACAUGGUCGGUGCACCGACCCGGGGCUAUUUUCGGCUUUUCGCCGAACAGCUUGGUCAACAUUGUAGCCAUGCUGAGUGUGUACGCUUCUAUAUGUAAGCAUGAGAAGAAACCUUUGAGAUUUCCUGGAAGCAAAGAGGCCUGGAAUUGUUACUCGGACGUUUCGGAUGCGGAUUUGAUCGCGGAGCAGUAG